CCACAUACAACUUGUGGCUCACAAAUCUCCCCCCUUUCUCCCCUUUGAUGACGUGGCAUUCCCACCUCGUAAAACCCCACUCACCCCUUUCCCCCUCCUCCUCUUAACUCCCUCUCCUCCCUCCUCGAUCAAAACUCUCACAGAACAACAGGAACAACCACCGAGAGCACCAAAACCAGUACUCAAAAAACAUCAAAAGACUCGAACUUUCUGUGCUUUUUGUUCGGAAGACAGAUUUUUGCUUCUGGGUUUUGAUCGAAUUACAAGAAUGUCGUCGGAGGGUGAAGGAGGAGGCCACACGAUAAAGUUGUUCGGAAAGACUAUACCUUUGGCUAUGGCGCCACUGAACCGUGAGUCUUCUUCCGCCAUUGACGAACCUUGUGGAUCUGUUGACCAUGACGUCACCGCCACUGCUUGUGGCGGGGGUGGGGGCGGUGCUGAAGACUGUUAUGAAACCAGGCAGAAGCUUUCCUCUUCUUCUUCAGCUGCUACCAAUUCGGGGGGAGAUAACUUGGAGAGGGAAGGAGAUGCACAACAAGAGGAAACAAUAUCAGGAAAAGAACUAGCAGCUGAUAAACAGGAUGCUGAAACCUCAGAUCUAAUCACAGAAGACCUAAAAGCUCCUACAACAUCAUCCGGAAUUAGCGAGAAUCCUAGAACUCCUUCAGCUGAUAGAGAAACUUCAUGUAAGAAUGGAGACCAGAGCGAGACUAGUAGCUCACAAGAUAAGACUCUGAAGAAGCCAGACAAGAUACUUCCAUGCCCUCGAUGUAAUAGUAUGGACACCAAGUUCUGUUACUACAACAACUACAAUGUCAACCAGCCUCGCCAUUUCUGCAAGAACUGCCAGAGAUAUUGGACUGCUGGAGGAAUCAUGAGGAAUGUGCCAGUGGGUGCUGGUCGUCGCAAGAAUAAGAACUCUUCAGCAUCACAGUAUCAUCAUGUAUUAAUGUCAGAUGCUUUCCAAGCAGCUCAUGCUAGCGCUGCAAAUGGUGCGCACAGUGCUACUUUGGGAAGCAAAAGCACUGUCCUUACCUUCGGCUCAGAUUCUCCUCUUUGUGAAUCAAUGGCUUCUGUAUUGAACCUUGCAGAGAAAAACCAAAAUUGUAUGCAAAAUGGAUUUCGUGGACCCGAACAAAGACUCCUAGUGUCUCCCACUGCUGGAGAUAAUGGGGACGACCGCUCAAGUGGAUCAUCCAUUACAGCUUCAAAUUCGACAGAGAGAGGAGGCAAAGCUAAUUUACAAGAGCCUUCAGCUCAAAAUUGUCAAAGCUUCCCUCCUCAAGUACCAUGCUUUCCGGGUUCCCCUUGGCCUUAUCCAUGCAACUCAGCUCAGUGGGCCUCUGCAAUGCCUCCACCCGGCUUCUGCCAUUCAGGCUUUCCGAUGGCAUUCUACCCUGCACCGCCAUAUUGGGGCUGCACUGGGCCGGGUUCUUGGAAUGUACCAUGUCUCUCACCGUCCUCUACUCUUAGCCAUUGUGCUACAAGCUCCGGUUCAAAUUCCCCAACCUUAGGGAAACAUUCAAGAGACGAGGACAUUACUAAUCCAUCCAGCUCUCAGAAUGAAGAGCCCGCAAAAGAUAACAGUUUCGAAAGAUGUGUUUGGAUUCCAAAAACAUUAAGGGUCGAUCAUUCUAAUGAGGCUGCAAGAAGCUCUGUAUGGGCAACGCUUGGCAUUAAGAAUGAAAGGGGAAAUUGUGCUAACGAGGGAGGAGGUCACUUCAAGGCAUUUCAAUCAAGGGGAGAUGAGAAAAAUCCCGCAGUUGAAGCUUCUUCAGCGUUGCAAGCGAAUCCUGCAGCGUUUUCCCGGUCACUCAGCUUCCAUGAGAGAACAUGAUCAAGGCUGAAGUUUGAGUUGAAAACCUUGGCAAUGUGAAUGUGAUGGAAGGGACCCUUCAACCUUUUGCUGCUGACAAAUAUGACACCUUUUUUUCUUUCUUACACUAAGGCAAUGUUUACUGAUCAGCCUCAAUGUUUUUGAGUUAGAUCAUAUAGAUGUAUUUUCUUUAAUAUCUGUGUAACAUUAUGGAUGGGUCCUUUUUGUUUUCAA